GGAUGGGUAAACAAUAUGUAUCUCCAUUUCAAUUUCAACCAUUUAGAUUAUUUUUUAUUGACAACUUUUUUAUUUAUUUGUGUUUUGUGUAUUGACAAUUAAUGAGCAAGUUGGGAAUUUUUGGAAUUACAGUCCCAAUAUCGAGUAUAAUACAAUGCAUGUUGACAAUUUAGAUAACAGAAAUUCUUGACUGAAUGACGAAGUCAGUCGUUUGGCAGUGGAAAAAUAGUGUGGAGGUGUGUGAAGCAGUCCAGUUUCUGAUAGGAUCAAUUUGAAGGUGUUAAUAACAAAUUACGAAAUGAGCGACUUGCAAGACAAUGGGCACGAGCAGCUUAUUGGUGUAAUAGAUGCUGGUACAAGAACAAUAACAUUUGGUGUAUUUAUUAGUCAGCAUAUUAAAGAAAUUUCGGAGUAUUCCAUAGAUGUUGAGCCAGUUGUUCCUCAAGAAGGCUGGUCCGAACAAGACCCCCUCAAAAUUCUCGAUGCAGUUAAAACUUGCAUCAAGAAAGUUAUAGCAAAUUUGGGAGAAAAAAGGGCAAAAAAUAUAAUAACAAUUGGAAUUACCAAUCAGAGGGAAACGACUAUCGUUUGGGACAAAACAACAGGAAAACCACUUUAUAAUGCCAUAGUGUGGAACGACAAUCGCACGGACGAAACAGUCGACGUAGUUCUGGCAAAGGUUCCUGACAACAAUAAAAACCAUUUUAAACCGGUUUGCGGUCUUCCGAUCUCUCCAUAUUUCAGCGCGUUCAAAUUGAAAUGGUUGAUCAGUUCUGUUCCGGCUGUGAGCAAAGCAAUAAAAGACAAGACGUGCCUUUUUGGAACUGUAGAUACAUGGCUGCUAUGGAACUUAACCGGAGGACCGGACGGAGGCAAGCACGUCACCGACGUGACGAACGCUUCGAGAACAUUCCUGAUGAACAUCGAGACUCUAUAUUGGGACACGCAGCUGUUGAACACCUUCCGAAUACCGGCGGAAAUUUUACCGGAGAUCCGAAGCAGUUCGGAAAUUUACGGCAAAGUUUGCGACGACUGGCCGUUGGCCGGUGCCACCAUCUCCGGAAUUUUAGGCAACCAGCAAUCGGCCUUGCUGGGGCAGAGCUGUUUCAAGGCGGGCAUGGCCAAGAACACGUACCGAAGCGGAUGUUUUCUGCUUUACAACACCGGAACUACCAGGGUUCAGUCGUCGCACGGAUUGGUAACGACGGUGGCGUACAAGUUCGGUGACAGUCCCGCAGUUUACGCCUUGGAAGGUAGCGUUGCCGUGGCUGGGGCCGCAGUGAAAUGGCUCAGGGACAACAUGGGUUUCUUGAAGAACAUCGGCGAGGAGACGGAAUCUCUGGCCAAGGAAGUGUUCAGCACGGGCGACGUGUAUUUCGUGCCCGCGUUCAAGGGCCUGUACGCCCCCUACUGGAGAAAAGACGCAAGAGGUAUAAUUUGCGGACUGACGGCCUUCUCGACGAAACAACAUAUAAUUCGGGCCGCCCUGGAGGCCGUCUGUUUCCAAACCAGGGACAUAUUGGAGGCCAUGAAUAAGGACUGCGCGGGCGUACCCGAAAUACCCCUAUCUAAACUUUACGUCGAUGGUAUCAUGACGAAGAAUAAUUUGCUUAUGCAGUUACAGGCUGAUAUAAUAGGCAUUCCAGUUAUAAGGGCCCAUUCGCAGGACAUAACGGCGUUGGGCGUGGCGAUGGCAGCGGGAUCCGCCAAAGGAAUCGAAGUGUGGGACAUUAACGCCGAAGCCAGGGAAUCGGUCCCCAUCGACACCUUUCUACCAACGUCGACGGAAGACGAAAGGGACGCACGCUAUACCAAGUGGAAGAUGGCCGUGCAGCGGUCACUCGGAUGGGUGUCGCAUAAAAAAUCGUUUAUUAUGACAGAGGAAAGAUACCAAAUGUUGGCAAGUGUUCCAGGCAGUCUCUAUGCCAUUUUAAGCUUCGGACUUUUGGUUCUCUCCAACUAUCUGCAUAAAUAAAUAAUUUAGGACUAUGGUUGUGUCGGACGAGUGAUAAACCUAUUUUUUAAGUUUGUUUUUGUUAUUAUUACGUACUUAAUAUUGUUAAUGAUAUAAAAUUGUUAAAUAUUAGUUUUUGAAUAAAAAAUGUUAAAUCAAAA